AUGGUGUCUCUCUUCUCUGGCCGCAUCUUGAUCAGGAACAACAGCGACCAGGAUGAAGUGGAGACAGAGGCGGAGCUGAGCCGUAGGUUAGAGAAUCGCCUGGUGCUGCUAUUCUUUGGUGCCGGGGCCUGUCCUCAGUGCCAGACCUUCGCCCCAGUCCUCAAAGACUUCUUCGUACGGCUCACCGAUGAGUUCUACGUGCUACGGGCAGCACAGCUGGCCCUGAUCUAUGUGUCCCAGGACCCUACAGAGGAGCAACAGGACCUCUUCCUCAGGGACAUGCCUGAAAAGUGGCUCUUCCUGCCGUUCCAGGAUGACUUGAGGAGGGACCUCGGGCGCCAGUUCUCCGUGCGUCGGCUGCCGGCGGUUGUGGUCCUCAAGCCGUGCGGGGACGUGCUGACGAGCGACGCCACCGAGGAGAUCCAGCGCCUGGGACCCGCCUGCUUCGCCAACUGGCAGGAGGCGGCCGAGCUGCUGGACCGCAGCUUCCUGCAGCCCGAGGACUUCGACGAGCCGGCGCGGCGCAGCAUCACCGAGCCUCUGCGCAGGCGCAAGUACCGGGUAGACCGAGAGGCCGGCCGGGGGCGGGGCCGAAGCGGGCGCGACUCUGGUGACCCCCAGGGAGACGCCGGGGCAGAGGUCUGGUGACCCCACCACCCAGGGUACCCGGGUGCAUUGGUGGGACUUUGGUGACCUCCAGGGGAACUCGGGUGUUCGGGCAAGGCUCGUCCUUGAUCUCUUCCAAAUUCAGUGCGUUCCCUAGACAGCCCGGGGCGGCCUAGAGCCCGCUACUCUCCUGCCUCGGUGGGUGUGAGAGUAGCUGGAGUGACAGUCAAAGGGAGCCGAGAGUUUUCUUUCCCAGGCCCCCUCUAGUCCUGGAAAGAACGUGCAUUCCCACGAACAGACAUCCUGGGCAAGAAUCCCAGGUCUUCGCGCACGCUAAGUACUAAGAACCCCUAGAAACCCAGACACAAAACUCGGUCCAAAACAAAAGAAGCAAAAACAAACAAACAAACAAACAAAAACCCACUCCUGCUAGGCGCGCUCUGUGUUGCAACCCCGUCAUUCAGCGCUCUGGGCGCAGGGGAGGGCCAGCAAGCUGACUCCGUGCAGAAAGGCUCUUGCUGUCAAGACUGACAACCAGAGUUCAGUUUCUGGAACCCACAGAGUGGAAAGGAGAAGUGUCUUCUGCACGUCGUUGGCCUCUACACACCUAUGGUUGCAGGUGCGUGCCUGCACAGUCACAAGUAGGCCUUUCUUUUGUUUUGAGACAAGGUCUCUGUGUAGCCCUGGCAGUCCUCGAAUUUGAGCUGUGAACCAGGCUGGCCUCGAACUCAGAUCGCUCUGCCUCUGCCCCUUCCAAGUGCUGGGAUUACAGGCAUGCACCACCACCACCUACAAAAGAAAAAAGAAAACAAAGAGGUGUGUGUGCAGAAGAAUCCAGAGGUCAAGGUCAUUGUUCGCUCCGUAGAGAGAGCGCUAGGGCAGCGGGGCGAGGUGAGUGAGAGCGCGCAUCUAAGCCAUGGAUCCGAGCCUUGCGGACAGGGCCCCUUCCAGUUUCGCCCAAGCCCCAGCUGUGUGCGACGUUUUCGCUUUGCCUGCGGCGCCCCCUGGCGGCCCAAUCGGGGUAGUGCGUGAGAAUGAGAUUUAAACCCCUGCAUGAAGCAAGUCCUCGGAAGCUGGCAAACCUGACCUUCUAGGCCAAGACUCUGACUAGAUGGAGUAAGAAGGCUGUGAACCAGGGCGGUCGGAGCUUGCCAGCAUCUCGUCCGCCUCCCUUCCCAGCUUGGAGCAGUGGGGGAAACUGAGGUUCAAGACCGAAUACACUUUAAGGAGGCCUGCUGGCCUCCAAGCCCAACAGCCUGAAUUCGAUCCCGGGCACCCACGCGGUGCGGGAAAAGACCCGACUCAAAAGCUGUCCCUUGACUCUCUCACCCUUGUCCCCUCAAAGAAUAAUUAUGGGCAAUUUUAAAUUAUUAUUAUUUUGCUUUUUCUAGACAGGGUUUUUCUGUGUCGCCCUGGCUGUCCUGGAACUCACUCUGUAGGCCAGACUAGACUCAAACUCAGAGAUCCUCCUGCCUCUGCCUCCCGAGUGCUGGGACUUAAGGCAUGCACUACCACUGCCCAAGUGAAAUUUUAAAAUAUUAAUGAAAUAAAAUAGAAAUCCUCAUUCACCCCUUAUGGGAAAUAAACUUAGUACAGUUGCAUGGGAACCUGUUUUGAGGCAUGGGAGUCAGAACUUCACUGCUGGGCGCAGGGUUCCUGGACUUGCUCACAUGUGUGUUCGGUAGCUUUGUAACUGACACACCCACCUCCCGUGGUGUGUCCUGAGUGGGAUACUGCUCAGUCAGGAGCAGGAGUGGAGCACUGACACCAGCUGCUACACAAGACUGGGUGACAGUAGCCAGACCCAAAACACUUCACCUGCAGGAAGUGUCCUGACAGGGACAGCCAGGAAUGGAACUGUCAGUCCAGGACUGCCAGGGCCAUGGGGAAAGCGAGCGAGAUUAAUGGGAGGGGCUCUCUUAAAGAGACAGAAUGUUUCCAAACUAGAUAGGCAUAAGCAGGGUUACUCUGUAAAUGUGCUUUUAAAAAUACAUCAAGCAGAAACUGGA